UCAUCAGGCGGUUAUGUCUCGCGCUUACGACACGCUAUCACGCCGGCGACCGGGCCCUGCAUUUCUUAACCGGUGUCACAGCUCCUUCUUCGACAGAUAAAGUCGGCUUUGCGUUUUUCAACGGUUACAACUCUCGUCAUAUCGCAAAAAUGAUGAAUUCCGCUCAGCCGAUUCCUGUCAGAAUGAAGCAUCACUCCGCGCGCGCGGCUGUGGCGAUGAUGAGGAUGACAGGCUGUAAUAACGGUCGUUAUACGCGGAAUUUUCUCCACAGCGACUGCGUUAUCAACGAAAAGACGGUCGUGCUGCAGAAGAAGGAUAACGAGGGAUUCGGUUUCGUGCUGCGAGGGGCGAAAGCUGACACCCCCAUUGAGGAGUUUACCCCGACCCCAGCCUUUCCGGCUUUGCAGUAUCUGGAGUCCGUGGAUGAAGGUGGAGUGGCAUGGAAAGCUGGUUUGAGAACUGGAGACUUCCUCAUCGAGGUGAACCAAGACAAUGUUGUCAAAGUUGGACACAAGCAAGUAGUCAAUAUGAUUCGUCACGGCGGCAACCACUUAAUCAUCAAAGUCGUGACGGUCAGUCGAAAUAUGGAUCCUGAUGACACAGCUCGAAAGAAAGCGCCACCACCUCCACGGAGGGCUCCAUCUACAGCCCUGUCCAUGCGUUCAAAAUCUAUGACCUCAGAGCUAGAAGACCUAGUGGAUAAAGCCACUUUGAGGAAAAAGAAGGAUAAAGUGGACGAGGUUGUGCCACCUCAGAAACCCAUGUGGGACAACUCAAACGUAGAUGUGAGGGUGGCGGCAAUCAAACCCCGGCCGACUAGCAAAUGUUUCGCUGUCAACCCUGAAAUGAAUUCUCUCUGCAAUAGUCAGGAUACAGCUGUAGACUCGCUGCCACAGCCAGUGAGUCCUAGAGGCCCUUACCUGGGUGUACCAAAGGGAACCAUACGAAGACAAACGUCUAUAGGUAUGGGGUUGUUUAUUACAGGUGUAACCGAAGAAGAGAAGCAGUUCCUCACUCCUCCAAUGUUGAAAUUUACAAGAAGCCUUUCAAUGCCCGACACAUCGGAAGAUAUUCCACCCCCUCCAGCCAUAUCCCCUCCAUCUCCACCUCAAAAUAAUGCUCUCGUCCAACCUGGUCGGGGAUAUGGUACUAUCAGAGCAGGUUUUAGCUCCCAGAGUCCAAAUGCAAACAACACAGCCCCAGACAGAGGUGAAGGUCCCGGGUGGAGAGAUCAGGGCAUGUAUUAUCGAGACAACCCUGAGAAAUAUGAUUCAGAGGGAUACAAUCACAGCCCAACAGCCCAGCAGAGUCUUCAUAAGCGCCGUGCCCAGAUCCCUGAGAAUCCUUACUCAGAUGUGGGUAAGAUGGGACAAGCUGGACUUUUUGUUCCCAACAAACCUGCCAGAAGAAAGGGCAUGCUUGUGAAGCAGUCCAAUGUGGAGGACAGUCCUGAAAAAACUUGCUCCAUACCUAUUCCUACUAUAAUAAUCAAAGAGCCCUCCACCAGCAGCAGUGGCAAGAGCAGCCAGGGAAGCAGUAUGGAGAUUGAAAUGACCACCCCAGACCACCCAGGGCAGCUACGUCCUGAAGAUGGCUUUAAUCCAGCCAGUCCCUUUGCAGCUGCGAUCGCCGGUGCAGUCAGAGACAGGGAGAAGAGGCUUGAUGCUCAUCGAAACUCCCCAUCUUUUAAGUCUACUGAUGCAGGUGACGAGGAUGUUGCACCAACACCAGCCCCACGUCUCCAACACUCAAAGUCUAUCGAUGAAGGCAUGUUUAGUAGUGAUGAGCGGUUGCAUAGGCUCAUGGCACCUCCCUCAUCACUGCUUAGCAUUCCUAGAGGUGGUGGCAAUGUGACAGACUUCAACAGCCCUGAGCCCACCAUGGUACGGGAACUGUUGAAUACGCGUACAGGACACAGCCCAUUAAGCUUGCCUGCUCAUAAGACCUACAGCUCAGGGGGCGGGAAUUAUGUUCAUCCGGUUACAGGCAAACCGUUAGACCCCAAUUCACCAUUAGCUUUAGCAUUAGCAGCCCGUGACAGAGCCAUGAGGGAGCAAUCACAACCUCUUCCACUAAAGAGUGACCUAUCCAAACUUGAUCUUAAUAAACCACUUUUCAUCGACACUAAGCUUCGAUCAAAUGUGGAGGUUGGUUUUUCGAGUACUGCCACCAUGGGUCGUCCCCGCGGAGGCCUGCGCCGACAGAUGACAGAGUCCAAAUAUGAGACCGAAUCCAAGUAUCAGCUCGAUCUGGGCAAGCCCGAGAAAAGGCCAGAGGAGAAGAAGAACAUGCUCAUUGACAUCGUAGACACCUCGCAGCAGAAGUCAGCUGGUCUGCUGAUGGUACACACCACAGAUGGGGCAAAAUCUGAGGAUAACAGCUUGUCAGAGGGUGACAGGGACGAUGCAGUUAGUCCCGACAACACCCCCGGGGAGCUUCGCGACCCCAACCAGCCAGCUCCUUCUAAACCCCCGGCUCCCAAGCAGCUAUCAGAUUCACCUCACGGCAAGACCAUCAUAACUGUUAGCUCCGUGGAUGAGCCUGUCAAGCUGCCCUUCGGCUUCCCUCCACCACCCUUGGCCUCCGUCGACAUUGAUGAAGAGUUUGUGUUUGCUGAACCUUUGCCGCCCCCACUGGAGUUUGCCAACAGUUUUGACAUUCCUGAGGACCAUGUGGGAAGUAUAGCUGAGCUGCUAAAACAGAAAACGAAUGGCACAAAAGGGUCUUCUCUUGCUCCCUACUACCCAGCUUUAGGUGGCGGAAAUUCCGAAAUUAAAAGACCAACGGUUCUCACAAACUGCACACCUCCCAGCUUCCCUCCAGGGCCACUAGAGCCCUACGAACAAAUCACUGACUCGGGUAUUGAGGUAGACAGCCGGAGCAGUGGUGACCCCCAGAUGGAGACUACCAGCACCAUCUCCACUGUGUCCAGCAUCUCCACCUUGUCUUCUGAAGGUGGGGAGACCCUGGACACUUGCACUGUCUAUGCAGAUGGACAAGCCUUUCUGGUGGACAGAUCUCAAAUCCUGUCCAAGCCGAAACCCAAACCUGCCAUCAAGAGCAAUGCACUUUACAAGGACCCUUUGCCUGAGGAGAAUGUGAGCUCUUUCAGAUUCCCCUCAAUGGUCCCACCUCCGCCCCCUGGAAAUAUUCCACCAGAGCCCUUGAAAACCCCAACGCAAAGGACCUCAAAGCUUUGGGGCGACCCUCCGGAGAUGAAAGGCCCAGAAGCCAAGCCCCAUGGAAUGGGCGAGCUGAAUUCAGUUCUGCAGCAUGUGAACAAGGACAAAGCACCAAAGCCAGGGGAAGUAUUAGACUCUCCAACGGGAUCCAGGACUCACUUUGGAAUGAGAAAUCAGGAUGGUGUAUCCCUCAUCUCAGGUACACAGCAGAACACCAACGUUACCUUCACUACCCAGCCUGGCCCCAAUGUGCCUGUCCCAUCACCGUGCCAUCAGGCCGAAAGCCUGCCCCCCCACCACCACGCACCAAGCCCUAUCAUGUCCCCUCCGGACUCUGGCCUCAGUUGUGCCUCUUCCCUCCCAACCUCGGUCACUUCCCCCACUAUGACGGACGUCUUUGGUCUGCCCACUCCGCCCCUCAGUCUGGGCACAGGGCGUAGCCGCUCCCCUUCCCCCCUCACUCUCAUCCAGGCUGUUUCAAACAAGCCGUUCGCCACCAAACCUGUUCUUAUGUGGAGCAAGCAGGAUGUGGCCGAUUGGCUCGAGAGCUUGAACCUGGGUGAGCACAGGGAUGCCUUUAUGGACAACGACAUUGAGGGCAGCCACCUACCUAACCUGCAAAAGGAGGAUCUUAUCGACUUGGGUGUGACCCGUGUGGGUCACCGAAUGAACAUUGAGCGGGCGCUAAAAGUACUCUUAGACAGAUGAGACUGGGCGAGACGUCCUCUCUGGGACUCAAUGCAUCUUGUUCAUAAGCUUUGUUUCCCUCUUCCCUUAUUUUGGUUUAAAAAUGUGUUGUCCUAUCAUGCUUUCAGUGGAUUUUAGGGACUCUCACAUCCUGAAGAAACGACAGAUUUGACAAAGCGUUCAAAAUAUCCGCAUAAGCACAAGCGGUUCCCUGCGAUUCUGUUCCAAGAGCUCCGGCACCAGAGAAGACAUUGAAGCCAACACACUGUUUGGAGUCCACAAACCUGAGCUUACCAUUCUUUGGCUAUUAAGGACUUUGACCUCCUUUGAAUCCACUGAAACCAGCAGAGCUGGGGAUCCAUUUUCUAUCUUUGCUAAGACAAUUCUACAGAGAAUAUUUCUUCAGGAAAAAAGGAAACCUUUGUCUAUGUAUCAGCUGCCUAUAAAAUAUCUUGCUUUUUUUCUCCUACUAAACCCUUGACCAAGAGGUACACGAAUCUCUAAGAUGUGAUUGGUGGACAUAAAUUCAUGUCCCUCAGUUCAUUCACUGACAGUCCUAGAAUGGGCAUGGUCACUUGAAACAGAGGUAAAUUCUCCCUACGUGUGAACAAACGUAACAGUAGCAAGCAGCAGGUCUCUCCACCAUCUUUAGUCAUUGAAUACGCUAACAUUGGGUGUUUGUCUGAAUGAUCAAAAUUCUCUUGGGUCUUUUUGAAUUGUGAUUUACUAUUAGGUGUCUUCCAUAUGGUAAGGAGGUCUAUGGCAUUCCCACCAACAUUUUAUUUGUACCUUCAAUCUACACUAGGUUGCGCUGUUGCUCAGUUUUGCCAACUCACUAUAAUUUCCCAGAUGUUUUCACUGGAACUAUAAUAAUAGGUCUUUGCAGGAACACAUAAGUUUGAACUGUUGCGUAUACUGAAAUAUCGAGAUUUGGAGUUUCUUGGAUGAACAUAAAUGACACGAUUUAAGACGGUUAUUUGACAGCUUUGAGUUGAAUGCUAACACAAUCACUCUAUAAAAGGGCCAGUAUGUAUGUUUUUUACUUUAAAUAUGUGACAGAUUCUUAAUAUUUGAACUAUUGUUUUUUUGUUUGUUUUUUUCGAAAUGAUAAUUCGCUAGAUCCUUGGUUGAUGGUAAAAAAAGGAUGUCCAGAACGCUAUAGGAAACCUUGAUCUAUACAUAUCAAUUUCGUCAAUUGUAACUGGUACAGGAUAUGACUUCAUAUCUGUAAAUUGUUGGGUAGUAGGCUACUUUUAUUUUUGUUUGAUAUUUGAUUCGGAUAGACAUUCAUUUUAUUCGAUUUCUUUUUACAACCUACAAACUUUAGGCAAUUUAAGUGUGUCCACAAUCAAAUCACUUUCACAUUCUUGAUUAAUAGUCCCAACAAAGUGCUUUUAUUUAAAUGUAGUUUACAUUUAUGUCCUGCAAAACUUCUGAUCCACAGGGCAUUUGUGCAACAAGUAGGGAAACAUUUGAUGUGGCUGUCAUAUUAAGUUGUUCAUUUUAUCUAAACAUGUAACUGCAAUGUGUGCCUAUCCAUGUUACAAUUUGACACAACUACAUCUCUUGUUUAGUUGUGAUUUUACUGUCGUUAAGACACUUGUCUCAGUCAGUUAUCAAAAACUUGAUUCAAUUGUUUUGGACUAUAAACGCCAUAGAAAAGUCCCACAGCCAUUUCUGUUUAAAUAUUCCAUAACUACACAGGUAUGGGAUGAGAUUAAUAUUAAUAUAGUUGUGUGAUAUAUACAUGGUUGAAACAUUCUUUCCCCAGACACGAAGAGAUCGUAUGCCAGCAUUAUACAUGUCACCUUCAGUAUUAAGUUCAAAACACUGUGGGUAAUAUCAGAACUGAGGGAAAAUUAAUAGAUGUCGAGAAUGCCUGUGAAUGAAAUAAAUGUAUGAUGACUGUUUAAAGUAUGCAGUGAAGAGAUUCAGAAAUACAAAUUAUAUAUGUUUGCUUAUCUCUCAACCUUAGAGGAGUUAGAAUUAUCAUCUCUAUAUAUCUUAUUUUAGGAAACAGCACAGUAUUUUAAAGAUUUAUAGAAAUAUUUAUGAAAUUUUUAUGAAAUUUAACUCUGAUAUAUGGUGUGCCAAAAAUCUAUAUGGUAUCAGUUAAGAAGCAAUACACAAAGUUAUAAAGAACACUGUUUGGGUUUUCCUUGCCAGUAUUCCACAGUACAGUAUAUAAUAUUAUGAAAUGAAAUUUACAUAUACAUAGGUCUCAGUGAAUUAGAACAUAUGAAGAUAAUGGCUGUCACCUGCUUCUUUUAGAUUAUGUAAUUAAAGAAGUUAAAAUGUCGAUUUGUGUGGUGUGUAUAUUUGACGAAACAAAAACUAGCACAUAUUUGUAUGCCACUUAACAACGUACGAUAUGUGAAAACAUUUCCAAAUUGAGUGUAUGACCAAAUGACACCUUAACAUUUCUGGCAGCACUGAACGUAAGAUUUCAAUUUUAAGUGAAAAAGCAUUUUAUAUGAAGACACUGAGUUUCCAGAAGAAUAUUCUUCAUAGUUGUCUCUCACACACUUGCUGUGAGGAAUGCAUUCACUUGAUUUAUGUUGAUGUCAUUUUGUGCUGAUUAAAAUGAAAGUGAGAAGUUUUUGUGACUGCACUUUCCUCAAAAUUCUCAAAACUUAUGUAAUGAAAAAAACAAAAUUUACAGGAAGAAAUAAAUACGAUUGCAAAAUCUGUUGUCAAACUCAUGUAGCUCUUCCAUGUGUUUUGUUUACAUAGCUUGUCUUCGCUUGGUUUUAUGUCAGUUUGUCACAUAUCCAUUA